AUGACAACCGAAGCUUCACACCCAACAAUUGCGUCAGGCGAUCAUAAAGCUUAUAUGGAAUAUGCUUUAGAGAAAGCUCGAUUGUCCCCGCCGGCGCCAACAAAGUUCUGCGUUGGAGCAGUUCUUGUCGACGCAGAUAAGAACGAGAUCUUAUCCACAGGAUACUCAAUGGAAUUGCCUGGGGAUCGACCCGGAGAUCCAGGCAAUACGCACGCAGAACAAUGCUGUUUCAUCAAAGUCGCAGAAAAACAUAAUAUCCCAGAGGACCGAUUGGGCGAGGUCUUACCCAAAAAUACGGUACUAUACACGACGAUGGAGCCGUGCAACGAGCGGCUAAGCGGGAACAGGACGUGCGUGGACAGGAUAUUGAGCCUCAAAGGUGCUGUUAAAGUGGUCUAUGUUGGGAUCAAGGAACCGGAGACAUUUAUUGGUCAGAAUAUGAGUAAGAAGAAACUCGAAGACGGUGGUGUCAUUGUUGAGCAUGUUGAGGGUAUGGAGCAACAGAUUCUGGAGCAGGAGCCAGAGCAAGCAGGUCUUUCGCAAUGCUUGUGUAGACCAUUGACCGGAAUUGAUCGUGAUUAG